AUGGACAGAAAGGUGGCCAUUAUUGGAGCUGGCAUAAGUGGCCUUCUUGCUUGCAAAUACACAUUGUCAAAGGGUUUUCAUCCAAUAGUUUUUGAGUCCCAAAGCACUGUGGGAGGUGUUUGGACCAAAACCGUGGAGACCACAAAGCUCCAAACACCUAAACCAGUUUAUCAAUUCUCCGAUUUCCCAUGGCCGGAGUCGGUCUCGGAAGAUUUUCCGGACGGACAGAAGGUAUUUGAUUAUGUUAAUGGGUAUGCAAAGCAUUUUGAUUUGGUUAAGCACAUCAAAUUCAAUACCAAAGUUGUUGGUAUUGAAUUUGAAGGUCCUAAUGAUGAAGAGAUCCAAGCUUGGAGUUUAUGGGGUUGUAAUGGUGAGCCUUUUGGGUCUAAAGGGAAAUGGAAGGUUGUUGUUGAAGAUUUGGUAACUCUUUCCACUGAGAUUUACAAUGUGGACUUUGUAAUCGUUUGUGUGGGGAGAUUCAGUGGUUUGCCAAACAUCCCAGAAUUUCCCCCGAAAAAAGGCCCGGAAGCAUUUGAUGGUAAGGUAAUACAUUCAAUGGAAUAUGCAGCCAUGGAUCAUAAACAGGCUGCUGAAUUCGUCAAAGGCAAACGAGUCAUUGUUGUUGGGUUUCAAAAAUCUGCACUCGACAUUGCAGUGGAGUGUUCUGCUGCUAAUGGAAAGGAAGAUCCAUGCACAGUUUUAUACAGGACAGCUCACUGGAAUGUCCCUGACUAUCUUCCAUGGGGAUUUUCACUUGCACACAUGUACCUUAGCCGUUUCUCCGAGCUUAUGGUUCAUAAGCCCGGUGAAGGGCUUCUCCUUUCCCUCUUAGCCACAAUUCUCACACCGCUGAGAUAUGCAUAUUCAAAAUUUGUUGAAAGUGAUAUUAAAAAGAAGCUUCGUUUGGAAAAACAUGGGAUGGUCCCAACACAUAGCUUCCUCAAAGAAAUCAGCUCAUGUUUGAUCUCAACUGUCCCUGAAAAAUUCUAUGACAAGGUUGAAAAUGGAGAAAUCAAAUUGAAAAAGGCCCCAAGUUUUAGUUUCUGCAACAAUGGCGUUUUGGUCGAAGGCGAGACUUCACCGAUAGAAGCGGACCUUGUCAUCUUGGCCACUGGAUUCAAGGGUGAAAAAAAGCUCAAACACAUUUUUAUGUCUCAAACCUUCCAAGACUACAUUACUGGAUCCCCUGAUGCAGCCCUUCCACUCUACAGGGAAUGCAUUCAACCAAGGAUACCACAAUUAGCAGUAAUCGGAUUCUCAGAGAGUAUUUCAAAUAUAUUUACCUCGGAGAUGAGAUGUAGAUGGGUAGCAGAGCUUCUUGACGGCACGUUCAAGCUGCCAAGCAUUAAAGACAUGGAAAAAAAUAUAAAAGAAUGGGAUGAAUACUUGAAACAAUACUCGGGUGGAUACUAUCGUAGAAAGUGCAUUGGUGCUUUGCAUAUAUGGUACAAUGAUCAACUGUGCAAAGAUAUGGCAUGGAAACCAAGGAGAAAGAAAGGGUUUUUUGCAGAACUUUUUGAACCUUAUGGCCCCAUGGAUUAUGUCUCUAAUUAAACUGGUUCUUACCUUUGCAUUGUACACAAUCCAAAUUCAUCAUCUUUAUUGUGUGGUUUGUCCCUUAUUUUCAAUAAAUGGGUUUCGGGUUAGCUACAAGAUACUCAAACCAUGUAUGAAGGAAGCACAAUGUAAGAAUGUUGGGGUCUCUUAUUGUGUGCAAUAAUAAGAAAAAGAAAUAUCAAUACAAUUUAUUUUGCAUUA